AUUCGACGCCACCGGUUUUUCGACGUCAGACAGACGCGCGCUUGAUGUUACGAACUUUGUUUCAACUUCCAUACUUUCGACAAAAAAGUUUUUUCUCACAGAAACUGGCUUCUUUUGUGCUUUUCCCACAAGUUGCUGUGUGGACGCUUUCUUUUAUUUGCAAAGAAUGAACUUUUGAGUUGAACUUUCUAUAGCUUUUGAAAAAAGUGGGAGAGAAUGAAUAGAGCUAGGUUUACAGCGAGCUGCGCUAAAAUGCAACGAAAUUUCCUGCGAGACCUAUAAAUUAAAUUCCAUCUCCUAACCGAAUAAGGAUCAUGACGCAGUAAUGAUGUGAAAACGCCAACUACAGAUGGAUUUGUGUAUGUUCCACGGAAAGAUUCUCAGCGAUGGUGACGGAUCGUAAUGGAGUCCGACGCGAUUGGAUGAUUUGUUGAAAGCUUCAAGAAGUGCGAAGAUGUAAUUAAAGGAGCCGCUCCAGCCAGCAAUCAGCAUGUCCGACAACAGCAGUUGCCCGCAAGACCCCGGCAAUUUCUCGACCAUCUUCGGACAAACAGACGUCGCCCAGUGGGAAGCGCUCCUAACGAUCGUCACUCUUACAUUCAUCAUCCUUCUGACGAUAAUUGGGAACGUGUUAGUGAUCCUCAGCGUCUUCACAUACAAGCCCCUCCGCAUAGUGCAAAACUUCUUCAUAGUGUCGCUUGCGGUAGCCGACUUGACGGUCGCCAUCCUCGUUAUGCCGCUGAACGUAAUCGUGUCAAUAUUGGGACGUUGGGUCCUCGGCAUACACAUCUGUAAAAUGUGGCUGACAUCAGACGUCCUUUGUUGCACCGCUUCCAUCCUUAAUUUGUGCGCGAUAGCCUUGGACCGCUUCUGGGCCAUCACUGAUCCGAUCAAUUAUGCCCAGAAGCGCACCUUGAAAAGGGUGCUGCUAAUGAUAGGAGGAGUCUGGGUCUUGUCCCUUUUAAUCAGUUCGCCGCCUUUGAUCGGCUGGAACGACUGGCCUACGCCGGAAGAAUUCGACAACGUGCAAGUUUGCAAACUGACCGAACGACAAGGUUACGUCAUUUACUCGUCGUUGGGUUCGUUUUUUAUUCCGUUGUUCAUUAUGACAAUAGUUUACGUAGAGAUAUUCAUAGCGACGAAGAGGCGUCUGAGGGAAAGGGCGCAAGCGUCCAAGAUCAACGCCAUCUCGAAGAACCAGUCCGCUUUGAUAAGCAACAAAGAGGCACAACAUGACAGAGAGAGCGUGAGUAGCGAGACGAACCACAAUGAACACCCGGAGAACACGGCGAACGGAAAGACCAAAGAAAAGAAGAAGAAGCACAAGAAGAAACGGAAAGACGACAACGCCGAAAACAAUACGUACUUGAAGCCCAUUCUAGUCCACGAAGAUUCCUUGACAGACAAUCCAGAGACUUCUUCCAUUUCGCAGAGACGCAGUUCUAACCCUUGCACUUCUGAUAACCACAAGAUCAUCUCCGAAUGUACCACGGUGUCUAAUUCCCCUCAAUCCAAAUGUAGCAACCUCAACAAAGUUCUUCUUCCUGAGUCCAACGUUGUGAAAAAGCCCGGAGUGAUCUACCAGUUCAUCGAAGAAAAACAACGUAUUUCUCUGUCUAAGGAAAGGCGUGCUGCUCGAACCCUCGGUAUAAUAAUGGGGGUAUUUGUGGUGUGUUGGUUGCCCUUCUUCAUUAUGUACGUCACGAUCCCGUUCUGUCCGAGCUGCUGCCCGUCUAAAAGACUCAUAAAUUUCAUCACAUGGUUAGGUUACAUUAAUUCAGUGCUCAAUCCUAUUAUUUACACGAUUUUUAAUUUGGACUUCCGACGUGCUUUCAGGAAGCUUUUGGGGAUGCGGCCGUAAGUUCUCGACGCGUGUGUUUGCAAAAAUUUUAUAUAUCCGUCGACAACUACUUGAUGAUUCCCGUGUUAUUUUAACAAAGACUGAUAUCCAGUAGAAACGUUAGAGAGUUGCAUUUUUGAUGUAGGUUCAUGUUUAAAUAAGACAAAUUUGUUAUGUAGAGCAUUCCAUGCUAAUGUGUGUCAUCGAAUGAGCUUGCCAUUUCUGUCACGAAGCAUUAGAGCCCAAUGCUUCCAAACGGAUUUGGCAAAGAUUUACGCUUAUUUAUAUUGUUAAUGUACAUUGUUGGACGUCAUCUUCAAUCUGUAAAUUUGCUUAUAUUGUAUAUAUAGAAAAGCGCAACUAUUAAGGUAGUUCUCUCAGUGACAAAGUCUUUUGUGUGAUAUUUACAUUAAACUCAGAACCUAUAAUACAUAGUUAGAUUUAAAAAUUAAAAGCGGUUUCUAAUUUAUGCAACAAUAAUUAUUACCUCAAUUGAUACCUCUAGUAUAAUCAUAUUUGUUUCGCAGUUUUAGUAGUAGGCAAAGUGUAUGCUGUUCAAAGCGAUUUCAAAUAUGUAAUUUUAUCUUAUAUAUUUUUUUAUAUCUAAGUUAACGGAUAUAGGGUGAGUUCAAACAAAGGUAAACUGUGUACAUAGGCUAUCUUAAUCCUGUUGUAUUUAUUAUGCGAAGUGUUUAGAAGUUUAAACUACUUUUGACAACUCACCCUCUAUCAGCAUUUUUGAGUGUAUAAAAUGUUUUAGAGUUCAAUAAAAUCAACAUUUUUGUUUA